GAAUACAAAAACAUUCACUGGAUUUAAAUAUAACAGAAAAUAUACACGGAUCAGGCGAUAUAUACACAUCGUUUUGAUCAUCAGAAAAGCCGUUUAGAGGAAAGCCAGACGCUACUGAAGCCUUUAAAGGUACGGAUUUCAUUGUUCUCAUAUCAUCUGGGAAAAUGCUACCAUGGACACUAAUUACGCAGGUACCGCUAGUAAUUGUUUUUGCCGUGUACGCAUUUCCAGUUAAUGCAGAGGUCCGGUAUUCUAUUCCGGAGGAAAAAACGAGAGGUGCUUUCAUUGGUGACAUUGCUAAAGAUUUAGGAAUAAAUGACCAGAGACUGAAAACUGGAAGGGCUCAUAUUUAUACUGAUGGGGACACCGAAUACGUAGAGCUAAAUGUAAUGAAAGGGAUUUUAGUUGUUAAAGACAGAAUCGACAGAGAGCAGAUCUGUGGUGGAAUAAGUCCUUGUUUAUUACAAUUUCAGAUUGUCCUCGAAAAUCCGAUGGAAUUUCAUAGAAUUACUAUUGAUGUUGCUGACAUAAACGAUAACAACCCGACUUUUGUCAAAAAAAAUAUUCGUCUAGAAAUUAGUGAGUUGUCGCUUCCCGGAGCAUUGUUUUCUCUGCCAAGUGCUGUAGAUAGCGAUAUUGGUGUAAAUACAUUAAAAUCAUACACGCUCACAAAAAAUGAUCAUUUUAAUAUAAAAACUGAGAUGCAAAAUGAUGGCAGCAGUUCAGUGAAUUUAAUAUUAGAAACGCCUUUGGACAGAGAAAAACAAGAAGAGCUUCUGCUCCUUUUAACAGCAUUUGAUGGAGGGGAGCCUCAGCGGUCUGGCACAAUUGAAAUUAACAUUAUUGUCCUCGAUGCCAAUGACAAUCCCCCCGUUUUCACUCAAAGGGUGUAUAAAGCUGCUCUUCCGGAGGAUUCUUUAGUAGGGUCUGUGGUGAUCAGAGUAAAUGCCACUGACGCAGACAAAGAUACCAAUGGACACAUCAAAUAUUUACUAUCACACUUAACGGAUAAUGCCCAGAAUAUAUUUGAAAUAAAUCCUGAAUCCGGGGAAAUCAAACUUAUUGGACAAAUAGAUUAUGAAAAUAAGAAAAUGUAUGAAAUCACAGUAGAAGCUAAAGACAUCGGUGGUCUCGUAAGUUCUAGUAAAGUAAUCAUUGAAAUAAUUGAUGUAAAUGAUAACGUGCCUUAUAUAAAUCUCAUGUCAGUUUCGAAUCAAAUUUCUGAGGAUUCUAUUCCCGGUACCACUAUAGCAAUGAUUAAAGUGCAAGAUAAAGACUCUGGAAGGAAUGGUAAAGUCAGUUGUUCUGUUAAUAAUAAUAUUCCAUUUAAAUUAUCAUCGUCUUUAAAUAAUUUUUAUACAUUACAAACAGAUGGGUUUCUAGAUCGUGAAAAGGUGUCGCAGUAUAACAUUACAAUUAUGGCCAAAGACGAUGGAGAACCUUCACUUUCGACUACUCAGACAAUCACGCUGCAGAUUAGUGAUGUCAACGAUAAUGCCCCAAAAUUCAAAAACCAGCAUUAUAAAACAUACGUCAUGGAAAAUAACACUCCAGGGUCUUCGAUUUUUUCGGUGAGUGCCAAAGAUGACGACUUCGGCCUCAAUAGUAGAAUCUCUUACUUGCUUACAGAAACAGGAAUUAAUAAUAUCUCGGUUUCAUCAUUCGUGUCUGUUAAUUCAGAUGAAGGUGUCCUCUAUGCAGUGCGUUCAUUCGAUUACGAGCAGCUCAGUCAUUUUCAAAUCACAGUGACAGCUAAAGAUAAAGGAUCUCCACCUCUCAGUUCUAGUGUAAUAAUAGAUGUGUAUAUCCAGGAUCAGAACGACAAUCAUCCAGAAAUUUUAUACCCUGUUGUGCAUAAAGGAUCUCUGGUAGCUGAAUUCGUACCUCGUUCUGCAGAUGUCGGCUAUCUGGUUACUAAAGUUGUGGCCGUUGACAAGGACUCCGGACAGAAUGCUUGGCUUUCCUUUAAACUUAUAAAAUAUACAGACCAGACACUUUUUGAAGUGGGUCUACAUAACGGAGAAGUGAGAACCCUGCGGCAAAUUGUGGAGAAAGAUUCUACAAAGCAGAGAAUAACUGUUUUAGUAGAGGACAGCGGACAACCUUCUCAUUCUGCGACGGCGAAUCUCAACAUUGCCAUCACUGAUAACUUGGUAAUGGCUUUUACAGAAUUUGGCGACUUGGCGCGCGAGAAGAGUGGCGAUGGCGACAUCAGGUUUUAUUUAGUGCUCGCCUUAGUGAUAGUCUCGUUCAUUUUUAUUGUUUUUAUUAUUGUUCUGAUAUCACUUAAAUUACACAAAUGGAGACGUUCUAAACUUUUCAAUGAAUGCUCCAACGGGACUCUCCCUGUUAUUCCUUAUUACCCACCCCGUUACGCAGAAGUCGGAGCCACGGGAACUCUUUGUCACGUCUACAACUAUGAGGUCUGCCUCACGACAGAUUCUGGAAAAAAUGAAUUUAAGUAUGUGAAACCUGUGCUACAAAGUCCUGUGGAAGUGGAUUCUAAUGGAACAAAAACAACACAACGCGUCACUGGUGACUUAAUUGCUGACGAAGAUCUUAUGCAGGUAAGACAGAUUACCUUUUUGCGUUUCUUCCCUAUUAAACUUUUCUAA